AUGCAGCAACCCCUGGCAUUCGAACGCUGGACCAGUUGGCUGCCACAGUUCCAGAAAAACCACUCGGCCAUAUGCUAUCCAGUGAAUGACGAUCACGUUGCAUUGAAAGCUCCCACAAACAAACACUUGAAAUUAUGCAAUCUCACCAUCAAGACCGAUCAAGUGAAAAUUAUUUUAAUUGAUUUUCAUCAAUCUCUUUUCUCUCUUUCAUCAUCGUUGGUGAUGAAUCAAGAACAUUCUCUGAUGGAAAAUUUCCAUAUCAAACAUCUCUAUGAUUUGUUGAAAAGAAAAUUUGAAAAUCAAUCCAAAGGAUUCACAAAAUGGUUACUCGCAAGGAAGAAAUGGUUGACCACAUUUAUUGACAGAUAUUCAAUGAAAAUCGAAUUCGUAAACGAUUACGAGUGUACGCUUAAAUGGGCAAGAAGAAAACAUAAAAAUGUCCCUGAAAAUGAUUGGUUGGAGUUAAUGAUGGUGCAAAUCAUUGACAUUAGAGAGUUAUAUGAAACUAAUCAAGAACAAUUUCAUUCUGUUGAAUUUUGGAAACCUUUUCAAGAAGAAGUUUGGUUUCUAUUACGCUCGGGCCGAUAUGAAAUCUUGGAUUACAUUCCGGUUGAGAUUUUCAUUCAAUUCAAAGAAUGGAAAGAAAAGUUGGCACAUUUAUUUCAAAUAAGGUGUCGAUUUGAUUUUGUAUUUGAUCUUGAUGACAUUGACAAAGCAAAGAAAGCAAUUAGUGAGAAGCGUUGUCAGAUGUUUCAAAUUUCAAAACGACUGAGAGACAAUGAGGAUUUUAUGAAACAUGCAACUAAAUGCCAAGCUUAUAAUAUUCAAUAUGCAUCUGAACGAUUGAAAAAAGAUCGAAAUUUCUGUUUGGAUGUUGUUUCGUCGAAUCCUGAUUUGUUGUCGUUUAUAAAUUUUGUGGACAACGAAUUCGCUCUCGAAUUACUUCGAAUUACUUUGUCAAAGACUAUCAUUGUUGAUGGAAAAAUUCAAGAGGAACAAAUUCAAACUUGUGUUCCACAAGCAUUGAAUGACGAUCACGUUGCAUUGAAAGCUCCCACAAACAAACACUUGAAAUUAUGCAAUCUCACCAUCAAGACCGAUCAAGUGAAAAUUAUUUUAAUUGAUUUUCAUCAAUCUCUUUUCUCUCUUUCAUCAUCGUUGGUGAUGAAUCAAGAACAUUCUCUGAUGGAAAAUUUCCAUAUCAAACAUCUCUAUGAUUUGUUGAAAAGAAAAUUUGAAAAUCAAUCCAAAGGAUUCACAAAAUGGUUACUCGCAAGGAAGAAAUGGUUGACCACAUUUAUUGACAGAUAUUCAAUGAAAAUCGAAUUCGUAAACGAUUACGAGUGUACGCUUAAAUGGGCAAGAAGAAAACAUAAAAAUGUCCCUGAAAAUGAUUGGUUGGAGUUAAUGAUGGUGCAAAUCAUUGACAUUAGAGAGUUAUAUGAAACUAAUCAAGAACAAUUUCAUUCUGUUGAAUUUUGGAAACCUUUUCAAGAAGAAGUUUGGUUUCUAUUACGCUCGGGCCGAUAUGAAAUCUUGGAUUACAUUCCGGUUGAGAUUUUCAUUCAAUUCAAAGAAUGGAAAGAAAAGUUGGCACAUUUAUUUCAAAUAAGGUGUCGAUUUGAUUUUGUAUUUGAUCUUGAUGACAUUGACAAAGCAAAGAAAGCAAUUAGUGAGAAGCGUUGUCAGAUGUUUCAAAUUUCAAAACGACUGAGAGACAAUGAGGAUUUUAUGAAACAUGCAACUAAAUGCCAAGCUUAUAAUAUUCAAUAUGCAUCUGAACGAUUGAAAAAAGAUCGAAAUUUCUGUUUGGAUGUUGUUUCGUCGAAUCCUGAUUUGUUGUCGUUUAUAAAUUUUGUGGACAACGAAUUCGCUCUCGAAUUACUUCGAAUUACUUUGUCAAAGACUAUCAUUGUUGAUGGAAAAAUUCAAGAGGAACAAAUUCAAACUUGUGUUCCACAAGCAUGUGAUUGGUUGUCUCUAUCGUUUUGGGAAACAAAUAUAUCCAUGGAUGACAAGAUGAAGAUUUUUCAACUUUUAUUUCUCAAAGAUUCAAGAAUUUCUUAUCGCCAUCACAAGGAUCUAAUGAAAUCAGCACUUCAAAUGCUUGUUGAAUUGCCAGAUGAGUAUUAUCAAGCACACCACAAUCAUCAGCACACUCUCAAUGACCAAGGGAAAAUUUACAAGGAUUAUGACUCAGCAUGGAAGAACGAUGAAAAAUCUUUUUUGAAACGCCGAGAUUUGGAUCUCAUUUUGAAAUAUGGACCAAUGAAUUUGAGAAAGGACAGAGAUUUUGUAUUGAAAGUUGUGAAAACAGACAAGUAUAGAAAUUCCAUGUUGUGUGAAAGAGAUAAUAUUAAUUGGGAAUACAUUUACCCUGAACUUCAAAACGAUCGAGAAAUAGUUUUAGCUCUCAUGACAAGAAAUGGAAGCAUCUUAUUUAAGAAGGAGGAAUGUGGAAAUUAUUUGGUCUCUGAAGAAUUUCGAAAUGACAGAGAAAUAAUUUUGACUGCGCUUACAAGCGAUAGCUCUUGUUCAUUUCAUGACAUUCCACAAUGCUUUCAUGAAGACAAACAGUUGAUUUUGGGAAUCUUAAAUCGCUCCAGAAUUUGCUAUGUUGAUAUUGAAGAUGUUCUUCUUUUAAAUCUCGCACGCUGUUACGGCGAUGACAUUCAUAUUCGAGACGUUCUUCAAAGAUUUUUUGAAAGAAAGGAUGAAGAAGUGAUUUUUGCUGCCCUUAAAAAGGAUUACAAGUAUUGGAAAUAUCUCUCUGAUGACUUACAGAACGAUCGAGAAUUUUUAUUGAAUGCAUUAAGACACAAUGUUGAUCCUAAUAUUGUGUUAUGGUUUGCCUUAAAAAAAUUGAAACAAGAUACAACUUUUAUGAUGGACUUUGUCAAAGCUCAUCCAAAGGGAUUGGAUUUAAUCCUGGAUUCAUUUAAUGAUAAUUUAUGUUCUGAAAUGGCAGUUGAAGGUGUGAAAUUGUGGGGAGCCAUUUCGGAUAAGAUUUUCAAAGUCUGUUUAAAACAAGAUCCAACAACAGAGAUUUCAUUCGAUGAAGCUUUGAAGUUUUUCAAAGAUUUGAAACAUCAGAGACUUGAAUAUGAAUAUUUUGGAUGUCACAUUCCUGAAUCUUGGUUGAUGAAAGAAAAAAUCAAACUUCCUUACAUGCAAAACUAUAGGAUUUAUGAAUUCGAAGAGUCACAAGCACUGUAUGACGAUUGGAAACGAUAUUUAGGCCAAUAUGCAUUACAUGAUUUGGAUUGA